AUGUUUCAAGAACUCAAAAGCUCAAAUUUCAAAUCCAUCAUGGAUAAUUGCGUUUACCUAAAGAAAAUAUCGAAUACUCUAUAUGGAGAUGCAGAAAUUUUGAUUCAUAAGACCUACAAUAUUCAAUUGGUUCUAAUCACAAAGAUUUUCCAUCGAAAGGAGGAUGCCAAGAAAUUGCAGGAUGAAACAACUUUGAGACUGAAUCUUAUUUCGGAAAGAAUACUUCGUUUAAUUUCAUAUAAUAUAAAGGAAGUCAAAGAAUUAUGCGGUAGCUUCUACAGAAUCUAAUGGAUAUACGAAUUUCAUUCACACACUCUGCAAGACAACAUCAUGUACAGAAAGAAGAAAGACCUCCCCUUUACUGAGGUUGAAAUCAUUAAUCUCUUAGAAUCAAUGCUCUAAGGAUUUCAAAUUUUUAAAUCUGUCUCCAUACGGCAUGGUUAUCUAUAACCCAAACAUAUCAUACAGAACACUAAAUCCCAAAAUUUUUGCAUAUCCGACAUCAAGUUUAUUACUAAAAUGACUGAGUAUCAAGAAGCCUUGCAGAACAUCGACUCUGUUCAACAAUGCUUCUUGUCUCCUGAACUGUUAAAGGAAUUACAAAAAGGUUCUUAGGAAAACUCAAGUUACGAAAAGAAUGAGAUUUUCUCUAUUGGUUUGAUCCUUUUGAAUUGCAUGUUGCUUGAAUAUCCAGAGAUUUACGAUCUGCCCAAUUUUGCCAUCAAACAGCAAAAGUUGUGUGAAUAUUUGAGGGUGGCUGAAUAAAGGUACUAAAGUGCCUAAAUUGUUAGAGAAAUGCUUUUAAUUGACAUUUAUCAUAGACCAUCCUUAGAAUAACUCAUCUCUUUAUUAAUGCAAUUGAAAUUCAAAAUACAAAACAGACCAUCUCCAAAACCCUAGUCUAAUUAUAUUCUGCAUAUUGAUCAAAGCAAAGAAAACUAUUCUUCAUAAGUAGAUCGGAGAUAUGCCACUGAGAACUAAUACACUUCUAAUACUCCAUUGAAACAAAAUCAAGAACGAGGACACUCUCGUAAAAUAUCACAAUUAACUCCAAUUACUCAUCUAUCGCAUUCUCCUAUCGUUUUCAAUAAACAAGAAACCACUGAAAUUUCAACCAUAAGCUAAAAUAGUUACUUCCAGAUGGAUACGUCUAACAUCAAUUCAAGUCUAAGAGAUCCCUAUAAUUUUACAUAUCGAGAUGUUACUCCAGAAAGGAAAACCAAACCCUGUCCAUCCCCAUUUAAGUAAAUUUCUUCCAAUAAUGCUCAAAAUUCAUCAAGAACCAAUUACUUUUUUCCAACCACUAAACAAAACGACAAUUCAUCCUUCUUACAAUCAGAAUCAAUCAGUUAUGAUUUUGCUGAAGGAAUCAAGUUAAAUGUUCCGAGUUCAUUAUAACAAGAAUUCACUAAAUUAGGGAAUAGAAGUAACCAAUACUAGAACCAAUAUUAAAAGAAGUUAUUUUGA